AUGGAAGACAAAAUUGACACAUUUGAAGAGGAUGAUGAAUUUGCGUAUCUUGAUGACCUUUUAUUGAAUACUGAGAAAUUGGAGUAUAAAUCAUCUUCAAGUAUUGGCUUAGAUAAUAGUUUACGCAGAAGUGAACGUUCCAGAAAACCUAAUGUUAAAGAAGGUUAUGUUUCCACUGUUGAAGCUGUACCAACGAGAGGCGAAAUUCCAAUCUUGGAAAGAUUUAGGUCAAGCUCAAAUUCAAGUUUCAAUAAAAUUUGUCAAUAUUCAUUAACUUCACUGCUUCGUGAGAAAAAAAGACAUGAAAAAAUUGGGUAUGAUCUUUCUGUAUUGGAACAAGUUAUUAAGGGCGGAAUCGAACUUGAAAAUGAAGACCCAUUUGAUACAUAUGAUCGAACUUUAAUUUCUACUACUUUAUUAAAAGAUGAUGAACAAAAAGAGCAAAAAGUUGAAUAUUUACAACAGAAACCACCGAAACCUUCUCUUAAGACUACAAGAUUAGAUGCUAUAUUUACGUUUUUAUCUAGGGCUGCAUCAGAUAAUGAAAAGUUAAAAGAAGUUUUAUGCAAUGAUUGGAUCGCUCAACAAUACCAAUUAGGAUGGGAAAUGCCGAAUGAAGUUGUUUUUUGGCUACUUGAAACAGCAAGUUUCCACAAUGAUUUAUUUAUUGCAGAAGCAGCUUCAAAUACUUUAAAAAAUAUUACAGAAAUUUAUGCAAUGUACGACAUAUUUAAAAAAUAUGGAGCCUCUCCUGACCUCCUUGAGAUUCAAUGUUCACUGGAGGAUAAAUAUAAAAAAUAUGAAACCGAUACAUCACUUUCAGAAUUUCCUUAUUUGGCUUUGUUUCGGUUAUCGCUAAAAUCAAUUAUAUCAUUGGUUGAUGUGGGAUGGUUAAUGUUUAAAGAUGUGGAAGAGAUUCGAACUGCAAUUGUUAUCAUUCUUCGUUUAUGCUUAGAUGCUAGAUUGAUACAAACUUAUAGUAUGAUUGAACAAUUGAUCAGCUCCCUUUUAAACUUAAUACCAGAUGAUGAGUGGAUUCAGCAAUUAAAUUUAUCUAAACCAUCACUUAUAAAACCGAUAUGGGACUUAUUUCAUAAAUCUGAUGUUUUCAAAAUUGGGGACGAUACAAAUUAUAAAGAUUUAUACGAUAUGAUAAUUUUAAUCAGUUAUGUGAUUGAUGAUAUUGAUCAGAUAAAAGCUGAAGAGAAUUUUGUCAAGGAAAUUAUCGAAAAACUGAAACGUUUAUAUGGGAGAAUAAACGAUACAAAGGCUGCAUUUUUGGAUAGAACAAAACAAAAAGCGAAAGAAUUAUCAGAAAAAAUCCAAUUAAAUAUUGAUAAUAAACCAAAAUUUUGGCACAAAUCAUUUGAUCGUGAUGGUCGUUUACAACUUUAUGCGUCUAAUGAAGGAUUAGCGAUUCCAUACGUUUCUCCAUUAUUUGCUGAAAGCUUAGGUGGUUUACCACCAAUAUUAGUGCAAACAGGUGAUAUAGAAAAAUUCAGAGAUGAGAGUAUUUAUUUGGCUCAUAAAGCUGCCAACCCAGAAAAAUACAAUUUGCCCUAUUACAAUGCUGAAAAAUUUAAAAAGUCGCCUUAUAAAACAUCUACAAAAGUUGUUCUUGAAGUUUAUGAAGAAAUGCCUCAUGUAUUCCAGAUAGCUGUUAAUCGAACAACUGAGUUUAUUAAACGAUUAUUAUCAGGCGAAGAAGAAGAGAAAGGAUUUAAAGCUUUACGCGUAACAGCUAAAGGUGAAAUCAUUGAAGGAUUGAAAAAAGAACAUUAUGAGACACUUGAAUGGGAAAAUAUUGGUGUUGUUCCAUCUAGCACCAGAAAGGUUUAUUCUAUUAAACCGGACAAUUAA